UUGUGACGAAGACGACCAAGACGCUCACCUGGUUUUGCCAUGUAUAAAGUAUUGGCUACUUGGUAUGUAGCAUGGCUAUUUUUAGCUGUAAAGAUGAUCCUGCGAGAUUUUUUAUCCCCUAGACGUCUUCCUCUUUGUCCCUGCUGUUGAAUUGAGCUUAGUUUCAGCAGGGACGACGAAGCGGAGGCGAGUUGUUAACUGUAAAUCAAAUCAUCAUUCGUUGAUAAUGAUGGACAUCCGAGAUUCGAUCCAAGUAUAGCGUCGUCCAUUCGAAUAGGUGGAGAGGAGGGGAAAACUAGGUUAUUGUGACGACGACGACUCUCUAUAAUAAUAGGACUUGAUACAUGCAUUAAUUCUGCGGGUGGUGGUUGGUAGUGGUGCAUUUUGGCAUAUCUAAUACUCGGGUGUGUAGGAUUAUUGUUAUUAUUUUAUGCAUUUUCAAGUGUGCAUUUGCAAUCCCUGUGUCAAAUGUUCAGAUUUAGAAAGUAGAAGAAUUUCGCUCUCUGCGUGUCGGUUUCGAGUCGGCGUUGGUUAUUACUGACUCUCUGAGGAGACGCCCGAGGAAGAGUGUGGGAAACAAAGAGAGAUCGAUAAUCGGGAGAAAUUCGGGGUGGUGAAAAGUCUUCGGUGGUAUAAGGAAUAAAUAAGCCAAGUUACCCGGGUAGUUGUAUGUAGGUUCGAAGAGAGAGCUGCUGUUUUUUUGUUGUCGUUGAAAUUUCGACUUUUCCUUAUCUUGUGAGGGAAGUGAUAAGCGUGGGUUAUCAUGAGGGUGAAGGGGAAAAGGGGAGAAGAUCAACCGGAAGUGGGGGGAGGAGAGGACGAGUACAAGAUGGAAUUAGUAUGGAGGAACAUAAUUGGGAUGAUCUACCUCCAUUACGGCGCCCUCAUCGGGUUGUACCUCUGGUUUAGUGGACAAGUUCAUUGGCAGACUAUCAUUUUUGGUUUUGUGUUCGCGUACUCGUCCGCGUUUGGCGUCACUGCCGGAACUCAUCGCUUAUGGGCGCACAAAGCGUACAAGGCGAACCUCCCCUUGCGCAUCAUGCUCGCCGCCAUGCAGACUGCCGCCUGUCAAAAUAGUAUUCAUGAGUGGUGCAGAGAUCACCGCGUCCACCACAAGUUUUCCGAGACGGACGGCGACCCCCACAAUGCGAAGAGAGGCUUCUUUUUCGCCCACAUGGGUUGGCUCCUCUGCAAAAAACAUCCCCACGUCCGCUCCAAAGGGAAGGUUGUCGACAUGUCAGAUUUGGAGCAGGAUCCCGUCGUCAUGUUUCAGAAAAAAUUUUUCGUGCCGUUGACAACUCUGACAUGUUUCGUGAUCCCGACGUACAUUCCAAUCGCGUAUUUUGGGGAGACUUUUUACACGGCAUGGAAUAUCACCCUUCUCCGAUACAUUCUCACCCUGCAUGCCACGUGGCUUGUAAAUUCGGCCGCCCAUAUCUGGGGGUUUCGCCCGUAUGACAGUUCCAUCAACCCUGCCGAGAAUAAGUUGGUCUCCAUCAUAACGCCGGGCGAAGGGUGGCACAAUUUCCACCAUAUCUUCCCUUUUGAUUACAAAGCCGCGGAACUCGGGGACUACAAGCACAACUUUUCCACCGCCUUUAUCGACUUUUUCGCCUGGUUAGGAUGGGCCUAUGAGCUCAAAACGGUCCCCGAACGCGUCAUUUUGGCCAGAAUUGCUCGCACGGGAGACGGAACGCAUCCCAGCGUCGCUAAAAAAUCAAAAUUGGACAAAAAUAGUAACAUAACCGCGACCACAUCGACGGGAGGACAUCACAGCCACGACUUAUCCACGUCGUGGGGCUGGGAUGACGUGGACACGCCGGAAAGCGUUAAACAAGUCACGAUUAUCUAUAACGCCAAGAAAAGUACGACUUGAGAUUAAGUGAAAUUGUAUGAAAUAUAUUUUAUCCUGACUGAAAUGUCUGAAAAAAAUGAAAGAAAUUUGCUACGAUUUUGACAAAAAAUGUGUGCAUUUGGGAUUAGUUAAAAUAUUCUUCCAAUGUUAAACUUAUUGCGUAAUUAUGUUAUGAUAUGAUUAAUUAUUUGAGAUUAUUUUAUGACAAAUAAAUUGAGGGGUCACAUUUUAUUACGUGAA